UAUAGCAGCGAUAUGGCGGGAACAUAAUCGCCCAAUAAAUUUAUCAAAUUUAACAAAACUGAUACAAAUCCAGAGAGCCCACUCGCCGUCUAUCCAUCUCUGUCUAUACACACACACACGCAUAUAUAUUACUCUGAGUGAGUUUCUUUUGGUUUUCACGUUUCUGGUAAGAUGGGGAAGAGAAAGAAAACUAGGGUUUCGGAAGAGAAUCGAGAGCAAGAACAUGAGGAAGAUCUCAACCAAUCAUCUUCUUCAACUUCGAAGAGCUUGUAUGAGGUUCUAGGUGUGCAAAAGACAGCAUCUCAACAAGAAAUAAAGAAAGCAUAUUAUAAGUUGGCAUUACGACUACAUCCUGAUAAGAAUCCCGGGGAUGAGGAGGCAAAAGAGAAGUUUCAGCAAUUGCAAAAGGUGAUAUCAAUUCUUGGUGAUGAGGAGAAAAGGGCAGUCUACGAUCAGACUGGUUGUGUUGACGAUGCGGACCUUGAAGGAGAGGUGAUUAACAAUCUGAAGGAGUUUUUCCGAACUAUGUACAAAAAGAUUACUGAGGCUGAUAUUGAGGAGUUCGAAGCAAACUAUAGAGGAUCUGAUUCAGAGAAGAAUGAUUUGAUUGACUUGUACAAUAAGUGCAAGGGUAACAUGAACAGGCUCUUCUGUUCGAUGCUCUGCUCAGAUCCUAAGCUGGAUUCACAUCGAUUCAAGGAUAUUCUUGAUGAGGCAAUAGCUUCAGGAGAUCUGAAGUCAACCAAGGCAUAUCAGAAAUGGGUGAAGCAAGUAGCUAAAACAAAACCUCCUACUAGUCCUUUAAGACACAGAGAAAAGUCAAAGAAUAAAGAGUCUGAAGAUUUAUAUGCAAUUAUUUCUGAGCGUCGAAAUGAGAGAAAACAGCAAUUCGAUUCCUUCUUCUCAUCUAUGGUGAAAAAACAUGGUGGAGGUGGUGCAUGUUCAGAACCCACCGAGGAAGAGUUUGAAGCUGCACAAAAGAAGCUUGAAAGUAGGAAGGUGUCCAAGAAAGCCAGGCGGAAGUAACUACAUUUAGUAAAAGUAUUCUGAUCUCUGUUUUGUUUUCCUGUAAAAACUUGACUUAUCUGAAAAUUAUGUCUAAUGUCUUUGAUAAUAUGUAUGCAACUGCACCUUCUGAGUUAUUUGACAGUUUGUAUGGAAGAAUUUUGGAGCCAUAGGAGUGUCCUGUGGUUUGUGCUGAAAACAGAUGCAUAUGGGAGAAGAUAGAGCUAGCACUUGGUGUUACUUUCAUGAAUCUUUUGUCAUUUCUUGUAUGGAAAUCAGUCUAUGCACAAAUGGAGUUAAGGUAUUUUGUUUUGGGUCUAA